AUGGCUGAGCCGAGGCCAUCAUUGAGUGUUAGCGUACCUCGCCGACCUUCGCUUUCGCCGUCUCCCUCGCACAUUCCUAUAAUUGCGCCCAAACCCAUGAAGAGCUCUCUCCCAAGCUCUCUCACAACUCCCCAACUCGCUCUGGGAGGAUCCGACAGGCAUAUGUCUGUCGGCGAAUCACCUCAACAUCCCACCGCACCUACAUCGACACAUAGUUCUCGACCUUCAGGGCUACCAUCACUACGCUCGCUUCGAAGUCUACUACAGUUCGGCUCUGGAAAUGGUGGUCAGGGAGGAAGUACGAGUGGGGGAACCACCAUCACUUCACCGGGGAGGAACUCUUCAAGCGGCAACUCGGGCAGUCGUCGAUCUUUGGCCAACGAACGCAAGGCUUCCGGGACGUUCUUACGACCCGCAGUUCCUGCUGCCAAGGAUGAGGACACAUUAGUGAUCUCCAUACAGGCUAGUCCGCGGCAACGUAAGAUUGCUUUCAGCAAUGGCCAUAGCCCUGUCAAUAGUCCGAGCCAAUCGUCCAGGGCAACAAUGCCAGAACCGUCAAUGCCUUCUCCAUCCUCUCGCGGCGAAAACCCAUCUGGCAAUCUGCAUGGGAGAUCACCUUCAUCGCCUGUGAUUCCCGCUCUCGAGAAAGAAGACAAGUGGGACCAAGAGCAAAUACAUCGUGAUACCACUCAAGCUGCUCCUAUUCAACGUUCACGCGGACUCGGAUCUUCUGAUGAACUGGCCUUCUCGGAUGUAUCACAGGAUAUCAUGGACCGCUCGAAUGAUAGCGAAAACACCGAUCUGCCGCUCAUAAGUUAUGGGUCUGAUCCGCCAUUGAGCCAUGAGCUGUCAACUAUCUUAGAAUCUGACAUGUCUGGAUUUUCGAGACAUCUACCUGCGAUCUCGGAUAAUUCGCGAGAUGAGACAGACGGCGACAUCUCUGUCGAUGAGCUAACCGCGCGCCACAAUGCACUGGGUGCACCGCCCUUUCUGCGUUCGCAAGCAGGCAAUUCACCCGUCUCCCCGCACAGCAUGCCGCGCACUCCCGAGUCGCGGGAUACGUCAGACUUGGACCUUUCGACUUCUGAUCUCAAGAACGAGGUUAUGAAUGCGAUGAAAGGAACCCGGGCUAGUUGGCUUGAUCCUUGCGAAGUUGAAGAUGCGACCGACAGUGCACCCACGAGCCCCGACCAGGAUGACCCUGCAACACACGAGGCACAAGAUAGCUUUGAACUGGACGCACUUGAUCCUGAUUUGGCCGCUUUACUCAGUCCGAAUCGGCUUCCCCUUUCCAGUACACCCGCGCCAGCGAUCACACCACCACCACCACCACCACCUUCCUUUACGGCUCCCUCUACAUCGACUGGCGUCAUUGGCCGGUCUUACUCUCCCUUACGACGCGGGCCGCCAGAAGAUAUUGGAUUCGAAUCAUCACCUGCUCGCCCUAUUCGCCCUCCAUUCUUACGAGGCCACUCCGCCAAUGCAUCGGUGGCCAGCUCUUCUUCGAUCCCACGACCUUAUCGACCCGCGAAUGAACGAGUCAGCCCGGUCCGCGAUAGCUUUGGAGACUACUCCGGCAGCUCGCGUUCUGUAUCUGAUACAACCCUUUCCGGCAAACAUGAUCGUAGAGUCAGCGAGGACGGUGUGCUGACAGGUCGACGUGCACCCCCAUCUCCCCUUUCGCCGGACCUCCCCCGCACGUCCUUGGACCGCGGUCCCUUUACUCGAUCCGCAAGCCAGCGUCUGGCUACGCCUGGUCGGCCUGCCCUCUACAAUCCUGUUCGUCUCCUGCGCCACGCUGUCGAUUCGGCCACCACACCCUCCCGGUGGGACUCCGAGUCAACUUCGCCCUCCUCGCGCACUGGCUCGGGAAACUCGCCCACGUCGCGCGCACCUUCGGUGCUGUCUCGCGCCUCGUCCUCCCUUGGUAUACGCAGGGCUCCUCCCCCUCCGCGCUCAAGCAUAGAUGAUACCCGACGACCGAGCCUCAAUCUUGACCGCGGCACGCUCGGAUAUCGUACUCGCAAUCGCAGUCUCAGCGUCAAUGGCGCGGACGCACGCUCUGAUGCGAUCGGGCCACGCACAGCGAGGGCCUUUGCCGCUGCCGGUGUGCUGGACCAAGGGCGCGAGCAAGAUCGAGACCGCUUCGGCUCCGUGCGCAGCCUAGAACGCUAUGGCGCUCCCAGUCGCCUGGCAUUUUCUGACAUUGGCGCUGCACCCUCACGGCCUGCUUUCUCUGAGGCGGGCUCAGGCAGCUGGCGCAGUGCAUCUCGCGCAGGGACUGAGAUCGCUUUUGAUACACCUCGAACAUCUACGGCAGCGACUAGCGUCUCGCGUGCACCAUCGCCAAACGCGCAUGCAGCUCUGAAGGAGAAGCAUGCCAUGGAGACGGGCGUCCUUCUUUCUGCGCUUGCCGACUCGCAGCGCACGGCCACCCAGCUCCGCGAUGAGAACACCGCUUUGCGCGCGCGCGUUGAUGAGCUCGAGGCAGAUCUUGUGCGAGCACACACUCAGCUUCGCAUAGCUCAGAGGGCCCAGGCUCAACCACCUAUACGGGACAGGGCUCCAUAUGCACCCAUAUCCCGACCCGGAUCAGCGGAUGGGCAGCGGCCGAUUCGUCGCUUCCAACCCCGUGCUUCUCCUGGGCCAUCGCUCCUACCAGCUGCAUCUAUCGAUUCGGAGGAUGAACCGACAUUCCACCAUGGAGAUAGGUUGCGCCCGUUGCAUAAUCGCAAGCCCAGCUCUUCUGGCUCCGUAUUUGCGCGUCCUCCCAGUGAUAUGGAUCUGCUUAUGCACGAGGCCGUUGGCGCACCUGCAUCUUUACGAUCUGCGAUGUCCACAUCACCGCUGGCUCGUUCUAUAUCACCCACUCAAGAGUCUCCGCCACCCACGGCGCGGGGGAAUGAGUUCUCGCGUGACGAAUUCACUAGCUCUCGACAGGCAAAUCGUGAGGGUGAUCCACCCUCUUCGCCGACCUCUACGAGCUUCACCACGAACACCGACGGACCCGGUGGUUCACCAAGGAGUUUAUUCCUCCGGCCAGAGCACGAGCAGCUUUUAGGUGAUAUGCCCAGCAUCGAGCUAGACGAGCACCGUAACUCGAAGUUGUGGACGGGCGAAUAUGGCACUUAA